AUGCCCGAAAGGAAGACGCCGAGGAUUGUGGGCGCCCUGAGCAGCGCCAGUGACGGACUGGAGGGCUUUAAGGCUCACGCCGUCUUCCGGGAAAUCGACAAGAAACUGCAGCAGGAAGGCGAAGCGUUUGUGAAGAAGAUCGGCGGCGUGUUUGCCUUCAAAGUAAAGGACGGUCCGGGCGGUAAGGAGGCCACGUGGGUGGUGGACGUCAAGAACGGCAGCGGCCGCGUGCACAACGACACAGCCGAGAAAGCCGACUGCACCAUCGCCAUGUCCGACUCGGACCUGUUGGCCAUGAUGACCGGAAAGAUCAACCCGCAGACGGCCUUCUUCCAGGGAAAGCUGAAGAUCACCGGCAACAUGGGCCUGGCCAUGAAGCUCCAGAAGCUUCAGCUGCAGCCCGCCAAGUCUAAACUGUAG